UUAAUCAUUAUGCACCUGUCUCUUGGAUUUCGGAAAGAUUAUUUCCGAAAUGAGACAAGGAAAUAAAAUGCCUCCCCCUCACCCCACCCCCCCCCCGCCCACCUUGGGUGUCUAUUUAGUCUUAAGGUCCCAGCUCUCUGUUUCGUUCAAGCAAAGGAUAUGUCUUCUUUAUCUCAUCAUGAGAACAACCAGCCCUGUUUUCAAGACCCGGAACACAGGGCCGAUAAUGCUUUGUUCCCUCCCGUUUACAAACAGGUGUCUAAAGGAAAAUGUAGACCAAGAAUUUCUAUUCAUCAGAAUGAUGGAGAGAUUUUAUUUUUCAUUCUCCCGGUUAAAAACCUGUGAAUUCUAAGCAGUCUCUCCAGAAGUAAUGAAGAUUAACCUUCAUUAGGUAUUCCACUGAAUGCCAUCUAUGUUGUAAAAAUGCUUUCUGCUUCUAGACAGCAAUCCUGCAUUUGCUGACUGGGAGAACUGUCUUCUUCUAGAGGUGCCGAAAAUCCUAUUCACUCGUGACUUACACACUCUAGUGGCUUUGAACAACAACUCAAUAACGAACACGUGUGUGCCCGAGCAUAAAUUUAAGUCCCAUUUAAAAUGUCAAAACUACAAAACUUGAAACCUUCAGACUCUUGUUCUCAUCACCUAGGAUGAGCUGCUUACGUAGGAAACACUGGAUUUGAAGCCAGUCCUACAAGAACCCACUUAGGUUUUCUUCCUGUCUCUGCACGUUGCGUUCUGGGAAACCAGAGAACGGAUGCGGUGCCGUACAGAUCGCACAGAACGAGAACCUGAAAGCAGUGAAGGUAGAUGUAAGGUGUGAACACAACCCCCCCACCCCCAAGCUAGCAGGACCAUAGGAGCUGGAUUUGCAAGCUAGUUCCUUUCCAGAACUCUUGAGGCCAGGGACACCGAAGGGGUUGUGUUCUCCUCAGUGCCAUCUUUCCUUGACGUGGGGCAAAUCCUCAGCUUUGCACUUGAACAGAUUUGGUUUUCAAUCUUCAGAUUUAGAACUGUAUUAAGUGUGAUUAACAAGUAACGUGACUCAGAAAUACUGCCACGAUAUAGCCACUUAACUGACAAUCUGUGGUGUUCAGACACAGAUGGUUCCUUUGGAUCUGAGACUUGAUAUCAUAUUCAAGCCAGAUUACCUGUUCUUGUAUCUUUUUUCAGUGAAUCCAAGACCCUGCUGUACUGUCUAGCUGUGUGGGUGAGAUUGGGUGGGCUCUUGGGUGCGUAAAGGAGCAGGACGUACGGGGUGCUCACACUGGAAGGUAUGAAAUGAUUCUGCGUCUUUACCUGCACGAUCCUCAUUUCUCCUUUGUCAAAAUUAAUUUUCAGCCCAUUGACUUAAGUUUAUUUUAUUUCUUUUGUUGUUAGCAUCUGAAAUACACCAUUGCUUUGAGUUUUUUUAGCAAACUGUUUUCUACUUACUCACAUCCGUGUUAGCUCAGCUCUUGCGGAUGGUUCCUCGAGCUUUGCGGUGUUGUGACAAAUACGUGAGUAAUUAAUCUAGUUCUGAGUUUAUGCAUGUAUAAUUAAGAGGAGCACCUGAUGCCGGAUGUAUUUUGGGAGGCAGGCAAAUUUAGACGACCGUAUGGAACAGCUCAGUGCCGCCGGCCUUUUGUCAGCCCGUAAUCUGCAAGGCACGGUGUGAGACAUACAGCAGAGAGCACAAAGAUGAGGCUCUGUUUGGACUUAGGACAGGAUCCAGACUUCUUGGGCUGCCUCCCGGGAGCCCCUGCGACUUGGUUCUCCAGUGGCUCGCGGACUUUCAGGCCAGUGGCCCUUGCCGGCUCGUGCUCCCAGCUGCCCCUGCCAGUCUUCCUCUUCUGCCCCAUCUCCAAUCCCCCUCCUCCUCCCAGGGUUACAAGAGCUUCCAGAAUCUGCAUCAGGGAGUCCCAGCACAGUACGUGUCCACCCUCCUCACCACUCGGAGGCUCCCAAUACCCAAGACCGAUCAUCGUCACGACUCCUCUCUUGGUCACCGCUAUCGUCCUUAGUAAUCAGAACCGCUGCCAUCAGACUGUGUCAGAGGAAUGUAAUGAAUUUACCUACGAGUUUGCCGAAGAAACCCGAAGGCAGUCUUUUGGGGCGGUGACACCCGGCUACGAUUUCAUGGCCCGACUGAGAAGCGGAAUGGAGCGGAUUCUCCCUUCCAACGCUCAUGAGCUGGCCCACAGCCGCCUGCACGUAUCCAUCACCAACACCAAAACCAGAGAAAAUUACCUGGUGUCCAGCUUUCGCUCCAGGGAGGACCUCAUUAAGGUGCUGUUGGCCAGUAGCUUCGUGCCCAUUUACGCGGGACUGAAACCGGUGGAGUACAGAGGACAGGUGACGGUCGCUCGUAACCGGUGAAUUACCCGUGACUCCUGCAGUCCCAGACGUGGGUGGAUGGAGGCCUCACGAACAGCCUGCCCAUCCUUCCCGUCGGCCGGACAGUGACCAUCUCACCCUUCAGCGGACGCCUGGACAUCUCCCCGCAGGACAAAGGACAGCUGGAC